ACCAAUUUUUUAAAAAAAUGCGAAAUAAAGUGAGUGUUUAAAAAUUAGCCAGUCUAGUAGAAAAUUGAUUCGUUUUCUGCUAAAAUUAUUUGUUCAGUGCUAAAUGUCCUAACUAGUCAGGAACACCAAACAGAAUAUAGGAAAAGUAAAAAAAAAAUAACGAUAGAGACAAGAAGAAGAAGAAACACAAAAUACGUGGUGUUUGGUUUUCGCCAGAAACUUGUGGAAAUAAUAGAGUAAAACACGCCUCAGAAUUAGUGAGAAAUAGUUGAAAAUGUACCUGCUGUGCAACGUAGCCAAAAUUCGUGUAAAGCAUAAACUGACAUAGGCGAGAACGGACCAUGGCCAUGACCAUCCUUCAUGCCAGCGAGAAAGUGAACGCGGAAGCGGAAGCCACCACCUGUCCACCCCCUGAGAAGGUCAAGGAAGAACAACAGCAACAGGAGCAACAUUCCAAAACAUCAAAACGCGUUCAAUUCUAUCGUUUCGCUUUGUUCUUCAUUGCGGGGAGCUUUGCUGCUUUCUCCUUUCACGCACUGACAUCAUCCAGCAGCUGGCGGCUGCGACAAUUGCAUCAUCUGCCCAAUGCCCACUAUUUGCAGACGAGAGAAGAGUUCGCUGUGUACUCGGUGGAGGAGCUGAACGCCUUCAAGGAGUUCUACGACAAGAGCAUUAGCGACAGCGUUCUGGCAAGCUAUUCGGAGGCGGAGCAGACCAACAUAAAAGAGGCUUUGGGGGCGUUGCGCCUGGCCCAGGAUAUGCACCUGUCGGGAAAGGAUGACAAGGCCUCGCGGUUGUUCGAGCAUGCCCUGGCCCUGGCGCCCAAGCAUCCGGAGGUGCUACUGCGCUAUGGGGAGUUCUUGGAGCACAACCAACGCAACAUCGUGCUGGCGGAUCAGUACUACUUUCAAGCCUUAACCCUUUGUCCGAGCAACUCGGAGGCUCUGGCCAAUCGCCAGCGCACUGCAGAGGUGGUGCAAACACUCGAUGAGCGGCGUUUGCAAUCCCUGGACUCUAAGAGAGAUGCGCUGUCCGCUAUACACGAGUCCAGCUCUGCUUUGCGUCGCGCCAAGAAGGAGGCCUACUUCCAGCACAUCUACCACUCGGUGGGCAUUGAGGGCAACACCAUGACACUGGCCCAGACGCGAUCCAUUCUGGAGACUCGCAUGGCCGUCGACGGCAAGUCCAUCGAUGAGCACAACGAAAUCCUGGGCAUGGAUCUGGCCAUGAAGUACAUUAAUGCGAGCCUCGUGCAAAAAUUGGAAAUAACCAUCAAGGACAUUCUGGAGCUGCAUCGACGCGUUUUAGGACAUGUGGAUCCCAUUGAGGGCGGAGAAUUUAGACGAAAUCAGGUCUAUGUGGGUGGCCAUGUGCCGCCCGGCCCUGGGGAUCUGGCCCUGCUAAUGCAGCGCUUCGAGCGGUGGCUGAAUUCGGAGCACAGCAGCUCCCUGCAUCCUGUAAACUAUGCUGCCUAUGCCCACUACAAGUUGGUGCACAUACACCCCUUUAUCGAUGGCAAUGGACGCACUUCGCGUCUCCUGAUGAACACGCUGCUGAUGAGGGCUGGCUAUCCGCCCGUAAUCAUUCCCAAACAGCAGCGCAGCAAGUACUAUCACUUCUUGAAGCUGGCGAAUGAGGGAGACAUACGCCCCUUUGUGCGUUUCAUUGCGGACUGCACCGAAAAGACGCUGGACCUGUAUUUGUGGGCCACCAGCGACCUGCCCCAACAGAUACCCAUGCUCAUCCAAACGGAGAGUGAGGCGGGCGAGCAGCUGGCACAGAUGAGGUCUCCACACAUCUCCGCUCAAAGCGCAUCAAUACCGGAGUUCUACGAGUUCUCCGGCUCCGGCUUCCAGCCCUGACACCCCCUGAAACCCCACCAAUUUCUUAGCCAAUUUCUUCAGCUAUUUAUAUUUCUGUAUAUUUUUAAUUAGCAAAUAAUCCGCUCUAAAUGCCGUUUUUGUCAGA